ACUCCGAGAAACCCCCUCUGUUCUCUCCGGCUGUCUUCUUCCUCUCUCUCUCUCUCUCUCUCUCUCUUUAGCUCACUUUUCUUUCAGUAACGUUUGAAUUUCUUUCGUAGAUUCUUCCGAUCUUUCAGCAGUCCUAAAUAAUCGCUUGCAUUUUACUCUGAUUCAAAAACCCGAUCUAGAUUCUUCGUCGUGAAAUGUCAUUUUUCCAUCCGAUUCCGAGUGAGUGAAAAGAUGAACAUAUUUCGACUCGCCGAGCUGAGUUCCCGAGAUCGAUUACCUUCCAAAGUUCCCAGUUCUCGCCAAGGAAAGAAACAGAGUCAGAAAAAACUCAAGUCUCCAAGAUCAUCAUCAUCUUCUGAGUUUAUUUCUUGCCAUUGUGAAGCUCCAAGUGAAAACAAGUUGCAUCAAGAUUCUGCUCAUCAAUUACCGAUGAGAAGUUUGUUAGCACAAGAAAUGUCGAAGCAGAAAGAAACUAAAAGGAGAUCACCUAGCAUUAUAGCGAGGUUGAUGGGUCUCGAUGUCUUGCCAUCGCCUCAGAGUUCUUCUCUUAGGCAACACAAGUCUAUGGAGAAUCAGCAAGGCAAGAGUGGUGGGUGUGAAUCUCUUAGAAGGAGCUCAAUGGGUGAGCAAAAGUUUAAAGAUGUUUUCGAAGUUUUGGAUGCAAAGAAGGCAGAGAGCAAUAGAAACUUACAUCAGCAGGGGAAGGUGAACACUGCUAAUCUUACACAAGCAGAGAUGGCUUUUAUAAGGCAGAAGUUCAUGGAGGCUAAGCGGUUAUCAACUGAUGAGAAGCUUCGUCAUUCUAAAGAGUUCAAUGAUGCGCUUGAGUCUCUAGACUCUAACAAAGACCUCCUACUCAAGUUUCUUCAGCAACCAGAUUCAUUGUUCACUAAACAUGUGCAUGAUCUUCAAAGCACACCUCACAAGCCACAUUACAGUCAAGCACCAUCUCUGAAAUGUGCUAGCCAUUCUCAGAAAGCUGAUAGGGACUCGUUAAGGAAGAGUCAUAGGUCACCGCAUCGGCAUGGUGGUGGUGGCGAUGGUUGUCCUAGCCAUUCUCAUUCUAGGCAUGUUUCUUAUGAGACACUUGAGUUGCAGUCAACCAAGAUUGUUGUUCUGAAACCUAACCUCGGUGGUAGAGCUUUUGCAUCGCCAAGCUCUUCUUCUGAUGAGUUCAGAGCAGAUCGUAGUCUUCUUCCAUGCACCAUCAAUCAUGGCAGGCAGAAAAGUAAAGAAGACAUCCGCCUCUCAAGACAGAACUCAGGAGAAUUCUCCAAAACAAUGUCUAGGCAAAGGAAGGCGAGCUUUGAGGCUUCAGGAUUCAGAGGAUAUGCAGGGGACGAAAGCUCAUCAGGGAGUGAUUCCGCAAGUGAAUCAGAGCUAGUUCCAGUAACUUCAAGAACAAGAACUUCCUUUAACCGUAAGAGCCACCACCAUCGAUCUUUGCCUUCUAAGUCAACAACAUCAUCUGUGAGUAGAGAAGCCAAGAGGAGACUGUCAGAGAGAUGGAAGCUGACACACAAGUACGAGCAAGAGAUAGAAAUUAGCAGAAGCGGCACAUUAGCUGAGAUGCUUGCAACUUCGGAUAAGGAAGCAAGGCCAGCAAGUUUUAAUGGACUCAUUUUCGAAGAGGGGAUUAGUAAAAGAGUUGAGAGCAAUGCUCAGUUAUCUGAACUGCCAGAACCGGUUGGGAUCAGCAGUAGAGAUGGUUGGAAAGGAUCACGCUCAAGAAGUUAUUCAAAAUCCAAAACCAUCAUGAACCAAGAAAGCACUGGUGGUUACACUAUAGUGCUGCCAAAGGAGUUGAUCACUCGAGAUGGAUUAGUGAUGGGGAGCUCUUCUCAUCACUCUUUCUUGUCAAGCAAAUCUUCUAGACAUGGUAGUAAUAAAUCUCGUUCAUCAUACAAUAGUUUCAGUUUCUCAGUAGAUGCAAAUUCAGACACUGAGGUUAGUUCAGCUUCUGAUGAUAUCAAGACGGCUGUGUCCUCUGAAGCUCCUGAUUUGUCAACUGUCACUUCGUUAACUGAUCCUGAUAUCUCAAGGAUGCCAACUGAGACUGUAAACCAUUCUCCGGUUCCUGAACCACAGCCUCGUGAAAGCUCAAAGGAAGGAGAUCAACCAAGUCCAGUUUCAGUUCUAGAAGCUUCUUUUGACGAUGAUGAUGGUUCAUCGAGUUCUGAAUGCUUUGAGAGUGUUAGCGCCGAUCUCAAAGGACUCAGGAUGCAACUACAGCUCCUCAAACUAGAGUCAGCUGCUUACAAUGAAGCUAGCAUGCUUGUUUCAACUGAUGAAGACACAGAUCAGGAGUCAUCAACAAUAACUAAUGAGACUUUGACCAGCCAGGAGGUCAGAGAAGAAGACUGGAAGUCAUUGUACUUAGUUGAUCUCCUAGCCAACUCCAGGUUAAGUGACUCAGACCAUAGCACUGUCAUGGAAACACCUGUAGAUCCAUCCUUGUUUCAGGAUCUCGAGAAGAAGUACUCAAGCUUGAAAACAUCAACCCGGAUAGACAGAAGGUUUCUCUUUGAUCAGAUUAGCGGAGAGCUUGUACAGAUAUUAAAGCAGUUCUCAGAUCCACACCCUUGGGUUAAACCAAAAAGGGUCUGUUCGAAAUGGGAUGCAAACAAGAUACAAGAGACUCUGCGCGAUUUGGUGACAAGAAAAGAAGAGAAACCAAGCAAAGAUGAUGUGGAGGAAAAGGAGUUGGAGUGGCUGAGGUUGGAAGAUGACAUUGAAAUCAUAGGUAGAGAUAUUGAGGAAAUGCUGACGGAUGAACUCAUAGCAGAGCUUGUGGUAGAUGCAAUCUUCUAGAAUGUUAAAUAUUAUCUCUAUUUUACGUGUAGUUUUAAACAAAAACUGAACAAGUGCAAUAUGUAAUGCCAGUUUCAUCAUAUGAGGUAGUGAAUAAACAAGCAUGAGUUCCUGAAAA